UCACUGUCCUCAGCACAAGCAGACUUUGCCCCAUAUUUCUACGACAAUGGACCCUACAGCUACAAUGGGAACCUGGCACUGUUCAGCCUCUCAGAGGACACGCCUGUUGGUACACAGAUCUAUUGUCUCAAUGGCACAGACCCUGAGGGCCAUGAGGUGAGCUACGGCCUGUCCUUCGAUCCAGGGUCCAAAGAAUACUUCAGAGUCAACCCCAAAUCUGGAAACAUCACCUUGGUGGAACAGCUGGACAGAGAGAAACAAGAUUCUAUUGACGUUCUUGUCAGCAUCACAGAUGGGCAAAGCAAGGUUGUGGAAAGAGUCACAAUAUUUGUGAUGGAUGCAAACGAUGAAAAACCUGAAUUCCAAAACAUGCCAGCAAUCAUUGAUGUACUCGAAACCACUGUGUCCAGCAGCAGCAUCUUUAAAGUGGAGGCAGUGGACAGAGACACAGGGUCAGGGGGCUCGGUCACCUACUACCUCCAGAAUGCUCAGACCACUUUGUUUGCCAUUGACAGACACAGUGGUAUCCUUCGUGUCAAGGCUGGAGAAAUGUUGGACUAUGAGAAAACAAAGACACACUUUGUCACUGUCAUUGCAAAGGAUGGAGGUGGUAAUUUUAAUGGCAAGGAGCAGUUUAUGUCGUCCUCUUCUACCCUGACGAUCAAUGUGAUCGAUGCACAGGACACGCCACCGUCUUUUAUUGGGACACCAUAUUUUGGCUAUGUUUAUGAAAUCUCAGUGCCAGGAUCUGAAAUAUUUACUGUUCUAGCCAAAGAUGGCGAUGUGGGAAGCCCAAAUCCAGUCCGUUAUUCCUUUGAUGAUGGUGACGAUGGUGUUUUUAGCAUCAAUAGAACAAGCGGCUGUAUCAGACUGCUGACUCACCCCAUGUAUCUGAAGAGAGAAAUCUUUAACAUUAAAGUCAGGGCAUCAGAAGUGAGUCCUGAAGGCCGACUCAUGGACUAUGGGACAACCACGGUGGUGAUCCGUGUGUUGGACCUGAACAAUAACCCACCUACUUUCUAUGGCGAGAACGGCCCACAGAACAUGUUUGAGCUGACCAUGAAUGAGCAUCCACCGGAGGGAGAGAUACUCCGGGGGCUGAAGAUCACAGUCAACGACUCCGAUCAGGGUGCGAAUGCUAAAUUCAAUCUGAAACUGAUCGGACCAGGACGGAUGCUGCGAGUCGUCCCUCAGACUGUACUCAACGAGGCUCAGGUCACGAUCUUAGUGGAGGACUCGGCCGCCAUGGACUACGAGAAACACCACUUUCUCACAUACAAGCUACUUGCAGUUGAGAUUGACACACCUGAGAGAUUCAGUGCCACAGCGGACAUUGUCAUUCACCUCCUGGACACAAACGACAACGCUCCCAAAUUCUCCUCAGAUUACUACAUUGCCAGAAUCCCAGAAAACUCGCCUGGUGGCUCCAAUGUGGUGUCAGUCACGGCAUCAGACCCAGACUCAGGACCUUGGGGUGAAGUGAAGUAUUCCAUCUACGGAUCAGGGGCUGACUUGUUCCUGAUCCAGGCUGUAUCUGGGAUCAUCUACACCCAGCCGUGGGCGAGCCUGGAUGCGGAGGUGAGGUCCAAGUAUAACUUCUAUGUGAAGGCGGAGGAUGCAGAGGGGAAGUACAGCCUGGCUGAGGUCUUUGUCACCGUGCUGGACCUGAACGACCAUCCACCUGCAUUCAAUGACAACUUCCUCGAGACGACUAUGGUGAUUGGAGCACCAGUGAAAAUAGAGGCUGUAGACGAUGAUGCAGAAGUACCCAACAAUGUCAUCGAGUACGCCAUCAUGAAAGCCGAGCCAGACAACAACAUCUUUGACAUCAACGCUGACACGGGGGAGAUCAUGUUAAAGUCCUACAUCAAGUCCAUGGCCAUCAUUCAGAACAUCACCAAGCAGAGAGACUGCACCUGGUCGCUGGUGGUGCAGGCCCGGGACCGAGGCCAGCCGUCCUUCAGCACCACCGCCGUCAUCAAGAUCGACAUCACUGAAGCUACCCAACUCAGUGGGGGGCCUUUGGGAUCAUUUUUGAUGCACAAUAGAAACAACCCUUUGCAAAUCGUAGGCAUGCUCGCUGGUGGCAUUAGUCUCAUGGUGGUAGUCACGGUCAUCAUCUCCACUGCAACAUUCUUGCGCAACAAAAAAUCCAACCGGAUCCUGCCCAACCGCCGCGUAAGGAGGAGGCAGCCGAAACAGAACCCAUGGAACUUUAAAAACCCUUUCAAGAAACCAGAAAAUCCAGGAGAGAGGUUUAGAGUACAAGAGGAAGAACCGGAGCCGGAGUUGGAGCCGGAGCCGGAGCCAGUGGUCAUUGUGGAGAAUGUCAACUACAACAACAAUGUGACCAAUGGUGUGAGACAAUGGCCUCCGCCGCCUAGUGCCCCAUCCCUUCCCCCUCCACCACCAUGUUACAAACCAGGGGAGAGGCAUUGGACGGUACCCACCGUCUCGGCAACAGUGGCGGCCAAACCGAGAAAAAAGCCAACGAUGAACAGACGGGACACUAAGGACUUAGCGCUGGUUUCAGAGCUCAAGAUGAGACUGGAGCAGAAGAAGCUGCUGAAACACUAACCGUGCUCGACAAAACAGUCACACUUCAAGGUUCAUUCAGUAACUGACCUGGAGCUUUCCGGAUCUUCAA